AUUUGAUCAAACUAUUCAACAAGUCAGCUGAUCACUCUCACCCAGUCACUACGCUGUUGAAAUUUACUGAAAAUUGCCUUCUAAUCUGUGUUAAGCCUAACCUUGCACGAUCAGAAAUUGUUGCUUUAGAUAACUGAAGACUUAUCACCAUUCGCUGACAACCAAAUCAAGGGCUAAAGCCACCAAUGUUUGUCCAUGUUCUUAAUUUCCUUUGCCGAGCAACGCUAAAUAAGACUAGAGUCAAGAGGACGGACUGUCGACUGCGGCCCGGCCGGGGAGUUGAGGGAGCGUCAAGAAGGGGGUACCGGCUAAGCCAGGCAGUAAGAUUUCCAGCACUCGGAUCUUAAGACUUUGACGGUCUUUUUAAAUUUCGAAGAAAAGAAGAAAUCUAUCUGAAUCUUCAUCCAAACAACAAUUGAGACCAUCCACCAAACUUCUUUCAAUAACGGCUAUGCAAGUCUCAUGACCAUGGAGAGAAUACAUUGGAUCUACACACCCUUGCUACUGGCAACAAUAUGCACCACACCAUGUUAUAUAACUGGUUUGCCCAUCACUACAGAGCCGGGGCCAACUCUACAAAUCAACAUAACUGAUAUCAUAACAGAUCUCCAAACAACUGCUGGUAAUGAGAGUUCUACAUCCAAUGCAAUGCCACAGUAUUCUACAACAAUCCCAUCUGAGGUUCCUUCAUUACAGCCUGGAGGUGCUUUAAAUACAUCUACAGUAUAUCAAACAUCAUCCCAGAAUCUAACAACCACAUCAGUAGCCACCACGACAACAGUGAAUGUAACAUCAACUGAGCCACCUACAAUGACAGCAUUUGCAGAAACAACAAUACCAUCUGAAACUACAAUUGCAUCAUCUGCAUCAACGACCACACCAAUACUAUCAUCAACGAUGCCAACAACACUUAAAACCACAUUGCCAACAUCUACCGCUACAUCACAUCCAAGUACAAGUACAUCAAGUUCUACAACGCCCCAAACUUCAGCAGUUGUUAAAACGCCAACAACGCAGUCAAUUAUUCCAGUGCACGAAGUAACAUUACCAUUAACUACUACACCUAGACGGAGUACAACAACAACACAAGGAGCUCCAACAACAACAACAACAAGAGAAUCAACACAUAUAUCAGAUAACCUAACAACAAAACAUAGUGGAGAUUGGAAUAUAAUUGGAAUUUCGGGUAACAGUUUUACAGGUAAAAUCCUGCUUCCUAUAGCGGUGGGAACUGCAUUUUCUGUGAUUAUCAUAGCUGUUGCUUAUUGCUAUUGCUCAAGGAGAGGAUCAAAUAGAGCAGCCAAGUCAAGUAGAAAUGGGGUGCAUAGAAUGACAAGCAAUGACAGGGUAAUGCUACUAGCCGACAGCUCAGAGGAUGAGUUCUAGGGUUGUAGGGUCACAAUGAACUGAACAAUCCGUGAAUAUGAUUGGUAGUGGAUGCAACAAUGGGACAAUUAUGUGAAGGACAUCAACAACCUUGAAGGCCUGUCAACCUGACCUACAUCUAUCCUCCCUGUACUCUUCAGAGCUCUUACUACCAGUUCCUCCAGAUGCUUCAAUUGGACAGGUACAUCAAGAACAUCAACAGCUUCAGAAGUCUGUCAUCCAGAACAGCAUUCUUGUUCUCUUCUAGUUGGGGAAAUGGAUCAUAUUUUAGGAACAGAGGUUGACCGAAUUCACAGUUUUAGCCACAAGAUGGCAAGCAUAGAUUUGAUAACAUGGGGAUUGUUUCCAGAAUAGGACAUACAUGUGAGAUAUCGGGACAGGAGCAAAUGUUGUAGGAGCAUGUGGUUUCACCCUGUUCAAGCAGGA